AGCAGGGCUGCCACUGCACCCAAUGGCCAGGGAGGCUGUUGUCCCAUCACCCAGUAAUGGUAGUGCAGCUAUCUGCCCUGUGGACACCACCUUCGCCCAGUGCUUCUUGCCUGCCAUCUACCUUGUGGUGACCCCUCUGGGGCUGGCGGGGAAUCGGCUGGGGCUGUGGCACCUCUGCACUGGGCGCCGGCAGGGUACCAGCCAUCCCCUCACCCUGCUAAUGGGCAGCCUGGGUCUGGCUGACCUGCUGUACAUCAGCACGCUGCCCUUCCUUAUUAGCUACUACUUGAGGGGCAGAGCAUGGCUCUUCGGGCAUGGCUGGUGCCAGAUCACCCAGGGCCUCUUCCACCUCAACCUUUAUGCCAGCAUUGGCUUCCUCACCUGCAUCAGCAUCCACCGCUACCUGGGCAUCGUGCAUCCACUGAAAGCAUGGGGCAGGUGCCAAGGGGCAAUAUCUUCAGUGUGGCUCAGUGUGAUGGUCUGGGUGUGGGUCAUCGCACAGGUAGCUCCUGAUUUCGCCUUCAGCAAGAUGGACAACACAGGGAUGCAGUGUCACGACACAACAGGACACGAGAACCUGGGUGUUUACUUGCUGUACACCGUGGCCAUCACUGUGACUGGGUUUGUCAUCCCAUUCCUCAUCAUCAUCGGAUGCUACUGUCACGUGGUUGUAGUGCUAUGCAGGAAUGAGACCAUGGACCUCAGCCUCAGGAGAAGAAGCAUCAGACUGGUGAUUCUUGUGAUGGUCCUUUUCUCCAUCUGCUUGCUCCCUUACCAUAUCUUCAGAAACCUCAACUUGUUGUCUCGAAGCUGGCAGCUGCAAGGGUCCUGCACACAGGCUUUAAAGAACAUCUACGUUUCCUAUCAGGUGACCAGGGGUCUGGCCAGCUUCAACAGCGCCCUCAACCCCCUGCUCUACGUGAUGACCAGCGAAGACUGCAUGUCACAUAUGAGGACCACCUGCCAAAAAGCCAGCCAGUCCGUUAGGUCCACCUUCAGGAAGAAAACAUCUUGCCAGGUUGAUGAGAAGACAACAAACAUCAUUCUUCAUGAGGAGGAGUCUUCUUAUGAGCUCUGAGGUACCCAAGACUCCCUCCAAAGGAUGCAGCACUUCAGUUUUCACUUGUCCCGUUCUCAGGAACACCUUGAUGCCUGUUUUGCAGAGAGAUGGUGACUGCAGCAUCACCGUUUCCGAUCUCAAACAAGGUAUAGACAGGACUGCUAGCAUCAGAGAGCAAACUAGAACCAGGUUUGAGAACAAACCUGCUCAACCCAACUAUUUUGCCUACAGUACGCCUGGAGGUGGAAAGAGAUGAAUGUUGAGUUUACUCCACUCCUGAAGUCCAGCCUCCAGUGCAGUGGGCCAAGCUGGUUAACAUCCUCCCCUGGUCCCCUGGCCAUGCAGAGCUAGCUCCUCAGUGAGUGAGGAAUGGGGGGGAAACAAUGCCUCGUCCCCACCACUGGACAAGGGUUUGAGACAGGAUUCUCUCCUUCACCCAAGGAGAGGGUACUGGUAAUUAAAUGCUUGCAUGACAGGACAGUUGAGAGGGUGAAUUUUUGUAGGAGGGAAGUGCUUUGAAAAUGGAAAUAUUCAUAAAAAUACCAAGUUUUAAAUAUAUGACACAGUUGUGCCAGUUCCUGAGUUUGUUGUUCCUGGGUGACUGACCUGCUUCAGGAUCUGUGUUAUCCUCUCCUGCCCACCCCCCUUUACAGAAUUAAAAAAGAAUUUUAGCAUUACUUACUCUCUCUGGAACAGCACAAAGCAGACAAAACAAAUUGGCAUUUUAAAGCUUCUGGAGGCUAUUGGUUGGGUUUGGGGUUUUUUUUUGCAAGGCAAAUGACUGCAGUAGCCUGAACCACUGCUUUCAGCAGGCAGGAGAGUUGGAAUCCUCCUGUGGGUGGCUGCAUCUUACUCUAGCAUCCAGCCUUGUGAGGGGAUUAGAUACAUCCAUUGAAAAUCAGAAAAAAGAGAAGCAAUGCUCUUCAGAAGGCUUGUGAAGGUGAGGUUCGAUGCUGAGGGCAGUCUGUCUGUUGUCGCCAGGGAGGGCCAAGGAGGUCGCUGCUUCAGGGUAAGCUGAGGCACCUGAGCAGUAGUUCAAGUUUUGCUCUUUGUGUUCCCUACCAUGAACAUCUUGAACAUUUCGGUUCUUGUGAAAGGAGCAAUGUGAUUUGCAACAGCAGAUCUUGCAGCUCAGCUGAAGUGGAUUGUGAGUUAAAACUUGCCCAUUCUGGGAAACUGCUGACCCAGGAGGCUGCAAUCUUUGAACCGAAGCCCUAUAUAUAUCACAGUCAGCUGCUCCUCACAGGGACUUACCCUCGGAUCCACAGCUGACUUUCAGAUGAAGUUAAUCUGUCUAAAGUGCAA